AUGUGGUCUUCAUCUUGGUUGCUGCUAACCCUUCCCCUGUUGGCACCUCUUGCCCAGGGUGCCCACCACGUCGUUAAGGUUGGUGAGAAUGAGAAGCUUGAGUUUGUUCCAGAAACACUCAAGGCUGCUGUUGGCGAUACAGUGGAGUAUCAGUUCUUUUCCAAGGUUAGCAUAUCCUUCACUAACCAUUCGGUGGUACAGUCGAGCUUUGACAAGCCAUGUCAGCCUCUAGAAGAUGGCUUCUUCUCUGGCUUUGUACCAACUUCAUCAUCAAAGAAAGCUUCGAGAACCACAUUUACUAUCAACAUCAAGGACACCAAACCUCGAUGGGUCUACUGCAGUCAAGGGACUCACUGCCAAUCUGGCAUGGUUCAUGGUAUCAAUGUCGAGUCCAAGAAGAUGGAUGAGUACAAGGAAUCAGCCGCCAAAGCCAAAGCCAACACUUCGCCAAAGAGUCAGCGCCCAGCAUGGGGAUUCCGCAGAAUGCACGUCGAUGUCGGCAAAACCGGAAAAAACGAAUUCACACCCAACGACAUCAGGGAAAUUCCCGGCACCAUCAUCCAGUUCAAGUUCCACCAGACGAACCACUCCGCCGUCGAGUCAAGCUUUGACAAGCCUUGCGUUCCCAUUGAGGGAGGGUUCAGCAGUGGAUUUAUUCCGGUCAAGAACGAGUCUUUCGAUGCUGUUUUCAAUAUUCUCGUUCAACACACCAGGCCUAUUUGGUUCUACGAUGCCAAGGAUACCAACUGCAAGUCUGGCAUGGUGGGCAGCAUUAACGCCCCAUCGAAAGGAAACACCCUCGAAGCCUAUGCUGCCAAGGCUUCAAAGGUUGAAAAGAGCACAAUCCCCGACUGGGCCCCCAUCGGCGGUGUUGCUGUCAUUGACGGACUUAUCAACCCUGUCUUUGACGGACCUAAUCUCAUCAUCCCAGUGACUCUGAUCGAUCCAGCUCUUGAGAGCACUGAGGCCGAUGAAGCUACCAACAAUGCCACGUCAACGGCCACAACUGCUCCCACAGAAUCCUCGAGCAGUGGACACUCCAACAAGUACAUCUCAGGGUCCAAGGACAACACAAACUCUUCCAUCCACAUCAACACCGCAGCCGGCGGCUCCAAGCCCGGCCACUACACCUACCCCGCCGAGAUCUCCGACGACACCAUCGCCUUCCUCCAAGUCUUGAAACUCAUGGACCGCAUCCUCGGCGAGACCCUCUACGCCUGGUACAAUAAGAUCGCCAAAGAUGGCGAAUGGGAAGGCAUCUACCCCGACAGUCUCGUAGCCAUGAUCCAAAGCAUGAGCGCCCAGAUCUCCGUGCACUACCAGACACUCGAUGACACUCUCAGCCACUUCGACCACCCUUCAUUCGACGACACAGCCUGCAAGCUCAAGCUUCCCCAGGGCAACGAAAUCGACGAAUACGUCAUCGCCUCCCUCGUCCUCCUCAAGCUCGAGAUCGGCGCCCUGGCCGACGUCAGCGUCCUCAUUGCCCAAAAGGAUUCAUGGUUCCUUCCCGCCCUUGUAACCGAGGUCGGCGCCAAGAGCCGCAUGUCGGCCGUCAUCAACAUGAUCCAGAACAAGAACGCGGCCGCCGCGCCCAGGGAGGUCUUGUUGCCUGUCGAGCUCGCCUGGAGUUAUGCCAUGACGCACUUCGUCGAGAGCUGUCCUGAGAAGGACGGUGGUAAGAUCGCAAACAUGCCUGACAAGCCAUUUGCGCCGCUCGAGGUCGUGCAUAAGGAGCUUUCGGGCGAUAACUCGGAUGACAGAGCGCUGAAGGUCACGUUGAACUACACGCUACCUGCUGACGUUGAGGCCGGGAAGGGGAAUGGCAAGGAGCAUUGGGUUGCUUGGGUUGGACCCUGGGGCACGUAUGAGUAUACCAAGCUGGAUGAGAAGACUAAGGAGGCGAAGGUGCCGGAGAAUAUGUUUGGGUAUGUGUGGAUUGCGGUGGUGAAUGACAAUACGGUUGGACUGUCGGAGUUGGAGGAUGUCACGGUUGCGGGACCGCAGAUUGUGUGGACGAGUAAUCCCCAGGGAGAGAUUGAUGUGGGGUUUGAGAAGGAGAUUGUUUGA